UGGGGGAUAAUCAUGUGGAAGGGGAAAGAUGUCAGUGUGUGAGCUCUUCAGACUAGCACAGGCUUGACCUUGAACCCGCCAGCACAACCUGUACUUUUAUUAAUGCGCUGAAUGGAUUCAGCUCCCUAAUCUCCCUGGGAAGAGUGGAUACAGUAGAUAUAUUUUAUACACACUCACAUACACCUGAGCUGGGCUCUUCCAAGCUCAUUAUCUGCUUAUUCAUCCUCAUCAUCAUCAUCAUCAUCAGGGGGAGAGAGAGAGAGAGAGAGAGGAGAGAGCUUUCUUCUGAUGGCUCCCCUGGGUGAAGUUGGCAACUAUUUCGGUGUGCAGGAUGCCGUGUCUUUUGGGAAUGUGCCCGUGUUGCAAGUGGAUACCCCUGUGUUGUUAAGUGACCACAUGAGCCAUCAUUCUGAAGCAGGGGGGCUCCCCAGGGGCUCCGCGGUCACCGACCUGGAACACUUAAAAGGGAUUCUCCGGAGAAGGCAGCUCUAUUGCAGGACUGGGUUUCAUUUGGAAAUCUUUCCCAAUGGGACUAUCCAAGGGACCAGGCAGGAUCACAACCGAUUCGGGAUUCUUGAAUUUAUCAGUAUAGCUGUGGGCCUGGUCAGCAUCCGAGGUGUGGACAGUGGACUGUACCUUGGGAUGAACGAGAAAGGGGAGCUGUAUGGGUCGGAAAAGCUAACGCAAGAGUGUGUGUUCCGAGAGCAGUUUGAAGAGAACUGGUACAACACCUAUUCCUCGAACAUUUAUAAACAUGUGGACACUGGGCGGAGAUAUUAUGUAGCCUUGAAUAAAGAUGGGACUUCACGAGAUGGGACUAGGACUAAAAGGCACCAGAAAUUUACCCAUUUUUUACCGAGACCUGUGGACCCUGAAAAAGUACCUGAACUUUAUAAAGAUAUUUUAAGCCAAAGUUGACAAAGACAAUUCCUUCACUCGAGCCUUUAAAAAAAUGAAAAAAGGUUACCACUAUAAAAAGGUUUCACGUGGUGGGUUCUUAUUGAUUAGCCAGGUCAUCACAUCAGCUACACUGUUGCCAAACUUUUGUCGCAUGCAUAAUGUAUGAUGGAGGCUUGGAUGGAACAUGCUGAUUCCGUUCUGCACUUAAUGGUUUGUCCUCCUGGAAGAAAGGCUGUGCCCACUCGCUUGACUAAUUACAAGGCUGAAAGAUAUAUAAAUCACACUGCGAAUCAAGGAAAAAUGAGGCCUGAUGCAUGCUGGGGAAUAGACAUGCUUAUACAUUUUUGUAUUUUACUUCAUCCCGUAUCAGCCUAGCUGCCAUACUUCAUCGGGAUUUUUGGCUGAAGGCCUGCUCAAGUGUACGCGCAUUUACAAAGGCAUGGAUGGGUGCAGUCUUAAAAAAGACUUUUCAGUUCAUUACUUGUUGGGUUGUCGUUCCUAACGAGCAUCAAUCAAAGACCUCUUAGUUAGGGAA